GGCAUGCCUCCCUCCAGUCACACUCCAUUUCCCGACAUGCCUCGCUCCAGUCAGACUCCAUUUCCCGACAUGCCUCGCUCCAGUCACACUCCAUUUCCCGACAUGCCUCGCUCCAGUCAGACUCCAUUUCCCGGCAUGCCUCGCUCCAGUCAGACUCCAUUUCCCGGCAUGCCUCCCUCCAGUCACACUCCAUUUCCCGACAUGCCUCGCUCCAGUCAGACUCCAUUACCCGGCAUGCCUCCCUCCAGUCAGACUCCAUUUCCCGGCAUGCCUCGCUCCAGUCAGACUCCAUUUCCCGGCAUGCCUCGCUCCAGUCAGACUCCAUUGCUCUGGCGAGGCUUUGCGCAGGCUUCUCUCAGUUCCGGGUUUGCACACAUGUCGUGCGAGUCUCUGUCGUCCUGUCUGUCGCGACUCUCGGCAGCCAUCGAUGAUCCGGCCGGGGUUCCCGGGGCCCUGAGCUCCCUGCGGAGCCGUCACGUGUCCCGGACGGGAGGCGCCGAGCUGUUUCGCAAGCGAGGGGGACUGGCGCUUCUUCUCGCCUUAUUCACGGAACCUUCGCGAGCGGCGAUACUGGGAACAUCCCGGCGGAACCUGGAGCUCGCGCUGAGCCUGCUGGGAAAUAGCUGCACUGAGGCUGGGAGCCGAGUACAGGUUAGACACGCCCCCUCAGAACAACCAGCCAAUCACCACGCGGUCUGACACGCCCAUUCUAAACUCACUAGCCAAUCUCUGCACAGUCUGAGGUCAGACACGCCCCCUGUCAAUCCCAGUAUGGGGUCAGACACGCCCCCUGUCAAUCCCAGUAUGGGUCAGACACGCCCCCUGUCAGUCCCUCUAUGGGGGUCAGACACGCCCCCCUGUCAGUCCCUCUAUGGGGGUCAGACACGCCCCCUGUCAGUCCCUCUAUGGGGGUCAGACACGCCCCCUGUCAAUCCCAGUAUGGGGUCAGACACGCCCCCUGUCAAUCCCAGUAUGGGUCAGACACGCCCCCUGUCAGUCCCUCUAUAGAGGUCAGACCGCCCCCCUGUCGGUCCCUCUAUGGGGGUCAGACCGCCCCCUGUAAGCCCCCCUGUGGUCACUCUAUGGGGUCGAACCGCCCCCCCUGUCAGUCCCUCUAUGGGGUCCGGCCGCCCCCCUGUCAGGAGAAUCCCUCUAUGGGGGUCAGACGCGCCCAGCUGUCAGUCCACUCUAUAGGGGUCCGAGACCGCGCCCGCUGUCAGUCCCUCUAUGGGGGUCAGACUUAAGCCCCCUGUCAGUCCCCUCUAUGGGGUCAGACCAGCCCCCCCUGUCAGUCCCUCUAUGGGGGUCAGACAGCCCCUGUCAGUCCACUCUAUGGGGGGUGAACCAAGCGCCCCCUGUCAGUCCCUCUAUGGGGGUCAGACCGCCCCCUGUCAGUCCCUCUAUGGGGUCAGACAAGCCCCCUGUCAGUCCCUCUAUGGGGGUCAGACCGCCCCCUGUCAGUCCCUCUGUAGGUCCAGACCAAGCCCCACAGCCAGUCCCUCUAUGGGGGUCAGACACGCCCCCCUGUCAGUCCCUCUAUGGGGGUCCGACACGCCCCCCUGUCAGUCCCUCUAUGGGGGUCAGACACGCCCCCCUGUCAGUCCCUCUAUGGGGGUCAGACACGCCCCCCUGUCAGUCCCUCUAUGGGGGUCAGACACGCCCCCCUGUCAGUCCCUCUAUGGGGGUCAGACACGCCCCCCUGUCAGUCCCUCUAUGGGGGUCAGACACGCCCCCCUGUCAGUCCCUCUAUGGGGUCAGACACGCCCCCCUGUCAGUCCCACCAAUCCCUGUACGGUCAGACACGCCCCUUAUUGAUACAACCAAUCCCUGUAUGGGGUCAGACACGCCUCCUUAAUGCCCUCCACUGCUGAGCCCUGUACUUGUUCAGGAGGGAUAACACUUUUACACAUUUGAGAUUUCUCUCGUUUUUCAAGUAUGUCCUGGGUCCACAAAACGUUUGCAUUGUAUACAUUUAUAUAUUCUCACACGUAACAGGUAAUAAAUAAAUCCAAGCAUAACAGGUGCAUUCUGUGCUGAGGUAUAUUGCCAUAGAUUUUAGAUUAAAUAAAGAUUUGAUUGUGUCCCAGAGGUUAUUCCAUAAUUGUGGUGCUCUGUAGGAAAAGGAGGAUCGAGCCACUUUAUUUUUGUAUUGCAGUAUGCUAAAUAUCGUGCUAGUACUGGAUCGGAGGGUAUAGGAGGUGGGAACAGCCGUGGAGAGCACAAGGCUGGAAAGAUGAAGUGCGUCGGGAUUCCAGCAACAGCCAGUUUUGGUCUUUUAACAUGUCACAGUGGUGGGUCAAGUAAUUACAUUCUAGUACAAAGCGGCAGAACAAAUUAUAUAACGUAUUAAGUUUAUUAAGGUGGGUUUGCGGUGCAGGUGCAUACACUACAUCCCCAUAAUCAAUGACCGGCAUUAGCAUUUGUUGCACUAUCUGUUUCCUUUACUGUAGGGCUUAGGCAGGAUUUGUUUCUGUACAGGGCACCUAGUUUUGGAAGUUUAAUUGAAAGCGAUUCUUUCAAUGUGAAGGCCAAAGGAUAGAUUACGGUCUAGCAACAUACCUAGAUAUUUAAAAGCGCAGACUGCUGUCAUUCUGCCAUUUGAAUUUGUUCUGAUACACAAUUGUUGAUUUUGUAGUUUAUGUAAUUUAGGUACAGUUCCAAAGAUCAUUAUAAUGGUUUUGUCAGUGUUUUUAGGAAGAGUUUAUCCGCUAUCCAUUUUUCUACCUCUGUGAAUUGGUUUUGGAGCACAGCCUCAAGCUGCGGUAGCUUGGGUUUACUAGGGUAGAUGACCAUGUUUUCUGCAUACAUGUUUACAGUUGAGGAUUUGCAGGCGUUGGGCAGAUCAUUUAUAAAUAAUGUGAAUAGCAGGGGUUAGUGUAUGGGGCCUUGGGGAACACCACACGUGACUGGAAGAGGUAGGGAAGCGCAAUCAGAAAUGACUGCAUAUUGCAAUAGGUCUGAAACAUACGAUCAAAACCAGGUUAGCGGACGAACACCAACGCCUGAGUUUUUAAGCUUUUGCAAAAGAAUGCCAUGGUCUACUGUGUCGAAGGCCUUGGCAAAAUCAAGGAAAAUAGCUCCAGUUAAAGGAGCACAAUAGUGCCAGGAAAACACUCGCCAUAUAGGGCCACCCUCCCGCUGGGCAGAAUGGGUUAAAACCCCUUCAGCCACUCCCCUUUCUCCAGUGCCAGGCUCCCUCUGUUCUGGGGAGCUCUCCACCCCCCCUACCGACGUCAGAUCCGAAUGCGCAUGUGCGUCAAGAGCCGCGCACGCAUUCAAACCGCCCAUAUGAAAUCAUUACUUAACCCCUUAAGGACAGAGCCAAAUGUACACGUUGUGAACAAAACAAAAUGUAAACAAAACCUGGCAUUUGCGCUACAUGUCUGUCCAACCGUAAUUCACCUCUUUCAUAGUAAAUGCACCCACCCUUAUUAUAUAUCAUUUUAUUCAGAGGAAACAGGGCUUUCAUUUAAUAUCAAAUAUUUAGCUGUAAAACAUAAUUUAAUAGGAAAAAAUGGGUGAAAAUAAGAUUUUUUUAAAUUUUUUUAGUUCUACGUGACAUUUUAACUGUCAAUGUCAUAAUACUGUUUGCUUUUACUGCAAUAAAAUACACAUAUUUGUAUUCAGCAAAGUCUCACGUGUAAAACAGUACCCCCUAUGUACAGGUUUUAUGGCGUUUUAGGAAGUUACAGGGUCAAAUAUAGCACGUUACAUUUGAAAUUGAAAUUCGCCAGAUUGGUUACAUUGCCUUUGGGACUCUAUAGUAGCCCAGGAAUGAAAUUUACACCCAUAAUGGCAUACCAUUUGCAAUAGUAGACAACCCAAGGUAUUGCAAAUGGGGUAUGUCCAGUCUUUUUUAGUAGCCAUUUGGUCACAAACACUGGCCAAAGUUAGCGCUAGUAUUUGUUUGUGUGUGAAAAAUGCAAAAAACGCCAAUUUUGGCCAGUGUUUGUGACUAAGUGGCUACUAAAAAAGACUGGACAUACCCUGUUUGCAAUACCUUGGGUUGUCUACUAUUGCAAAUGGUAUGCCAUCAUAGGGGUAAUUUUCAUUCUUGGGCUACCAUAGGGUCUCAAAGGCAACGUAACCAAUCUGGCGAAUUUUAAUGUGAAAAAAAUGAAACGCAAGCCUUAUAUUUGACGCUGUAACUUUUGAAAACACCAUAAAACCUGUACAUGAGGGGUACUGUUGUACUCGGGAGACUUCGCUGAACACAAAUAUAUGUGUUUCAAAACAGUAAAAAGUAUCACAGCAAUAAUAUUGUCCGUGUAAGUGCUGUUUGUGCGUGAAAAAUGCAAAAAACAUCACUUUUAUUGGCGAUAUCAUCGUUGUAAUACAUUUUACUGUAUUGAAACACUAAUAUUUGUGUUCAGCGAAGUCUCCUGAGUAGAACAGUACCCCCCAUGUACAGGUUUUAUGGUGUCUCGGAAAGUUAUAGGGUUAAAUAUAGUGCUAGCAAAUUAAAUUCCCUUUACUAUUGGCAUGGGUUGUCAGGCAGGUCCUGCUAAUUGUAAUUAAUUAAGAUACCUAAUUAUGUAAAAAUAUUACAUAAAUAUAUGUGUAUAUACGUAUGUGUAUGUAUAUAUCUAUAUAAUUUUUUAAAAAUAUUUUUAUUUAGAUAUAGAUAUAUAUAUAUAAAUUUCACAAUACAGUUAGAACGAAAUAACACACAUCUAUAUAUUUUUUUAUUUUUUAAAAUUUUAUUUUUUAACGUAUUUACAUUUAUAUUUUUUUUAUAUUAUAUAUAACAAUAAUUAUAUAUAUAUUUAAUCAGUAUCAGUCUACGUGUAAUUAUAUAUUAAUUUAUAUAUAUAGUAAAAUACACCUAGACGGUGUGUGUGUGUGUGUGUGUGUGUGUGUGUGUGUGUGUGUGUGUAUAUAUGUAUAUAUAUAUAUAUAUAUAUAUGUGUAUGUGAUCUAAGCAUAUAUUAUUUUUUUUUACACUAUUUAUUUUAAUUUUAUUUUCAGCCAGCAGGGGGACCACUAAUUACAGGCAGCCCCCCUGCUGGCAAUGCAGGAGGCAGCUAUCCCGGCCAUGUGAUUGUGGGGUCCUCGCAAGGACCCCCCUCUCACAUGGCCGGGGGGGCUUCGAGUAGGACGGUCGUGCCGCGGGGGGCUCCCUGGGAGUCCCCCACACCGCGAUCGCCGGCGUGGGAUUGCCGGCGACCGGGUAAGUACCGAAAGACCGGAGGGCGUACUAUUACGCGGCGGCGUUUAGAGACGCUUAGAAGAGGGCGUAAUAGUACGCCCUCCGGUCUGAAGGGGUUAAUGCUUUCCUAUGGACGUCCAGCGUCUUGCGGAAGCGCCUCUAGCAGCUGUCAGUGAGACAGCCACUAGAGGCUGGAUUAACCCUCAGUGAAACAUAUGUUUUCAGCUGCAGGGUUAAAACUAGGGGGACCUGGCACCCAGACCACUUCAUUGAACUGAAGUGGUCUGGGUGCCUAUAGUGGUCCUCUAAGUCUCCUUGUUCCAUGCCAAUUUGGAUCAUUGCAAACUUUUAAGAGGGCAGUCAAAGUUGAGUGAUUUGGACGAAAGCCUGAUUCAUCAGGGGUCAAAUAAUUUGAUUGUUGAUAAUACAGUUGCGUGUGGACGCAUUUUUCCAAGAUUUUUGACAAUAUAGGGAGCAAUGAUAUCAGGAGAUAGUUAGAUACCAAAGUAUUGUCGCCACUUUUAUGGAUAGGUACAACUUUUGCAGUCUUCCAAAGUUUGGGUAUGUAUCCUGACACCAGGGAUUCAUUGAUAAGGGUAGUGACAGGUCUAGCAAUUGCUGGCGCACUGAGCUUCAGGACCAUUGCUGGGAUUUAAUCUGGUCCACACUGUUUUUUCAUUUUUAAAUUAUUAAGAUGUUUAUUAACAACACUAACAGGCACAGGUCUAAAAUUGAAUUUCUCUAUGUGAGGAAAUUGAAGAUUCGGCAAGGCCUGAUCUUUAUUUGCGGUCUGAAAAUGAGUGUCAUUUGUUAUCUUCGCAACCAGGUUGGUAGCACAUCCAACACAAUAAUUAUUAAAAACAUUUGCUCCAUCUAGGGGGUGUUGCAGUGUUUGGUUGUCCAUUUUGACAGUGGAGGUUUGGGAGUGGAUUGUGGGGGUUUGUAUGCUAGUUAUGAUUUUCCAGAAGUUUCUAGGGUUUGAUAGGUUGUUGUUCGAAUUUUCCCUGAAAUAUUGGGCCUUUGCCAUUUUUGUUUGUUUUGUGCAUGCAUUUCGCCAAUGUCUGUAAAUACAGUGAUCGUUCAUGGAGCCAGUACGCUUGAACUUUGACCACAGUGAAUCUCUAAACUGGUACAUUUGAAUGAGGGCAGGUGUGUCCAUUUUGGUUGCACUUUACUCAGAGGGGCAUGCAAAUUCCAAACAUGCAACAGCUUGGACUGAAAUAAUACAAUUGCAGAGUCUAGAUCUGGUAUUAUAGCCCCCUUACUGCUUAUCAAAUGUUCAUACGCUGCUCAGUCAUUGGUGGAACUAAAUGAUGUGAAAAACAAAACAAUCUACAUUAGGAGAGGGCACCCAGACAGAUAUCACAACCUGUUUGUAGUUUCCUACAAGUGUGUUUGCCUGUCUGCGGCCACGCUGUAUAAGAAGAGCCGCUCACACCCCCUCUGACCUGUCCCAGUAUUCCCCAAACAAACCAAUCACAGCAUGGUUGAGAAGUGUAAUGCUGCUCUGCUCACAGCUAUAUGUAUGUAACGUACUCUAUAAAUUGUAUCUUUGUGACUGUGUUGUAUUUUGUUUUCUUUCAGGUGCGGCAGCUUGGAGGGAUCCCUGCACUGGGUAAGGGGUGUGUGUGUCAGUUGUUACCCUUGCUCUUUCUUUUAUUCAUGCAGAUAUUCUCUUUGUCAGAAUUGAUGGUUUGCAUGUAGUUGUCAUGUAUGGCUAUUGCUAGUUUAUGUGAAAGUGAGAUGGAUCGAUUAGAGGGUGAGUAAAAAGCAGGGAGAUGCUGAAGUAAACUGACAAACUUUAUGGUCAUUUUAUUGCAAACUGCUUGCUUUGGUUCAGUUUCUAUAUAUGUGUAAAAGUUUUUGCUUGUUAGUUUAAAAAAUAAUAAAAAUGUCAAGUGAUGCAUGUCCUUUUAAGCAGCAAUGUCAAGUAAACUACUGACACACUCAUUCUCUGACAUGGGCAGUCACACUCCCUAAUAUGGAAACACUCUCAUUCACUCACAAAUUAUUUAUUUGAUUUAAAUGUAUCCACCCAGCUACCUUACUAUUCCCUGGGAUCCAGUGGGGCUGCUAUGAUCAUUUUCCUGUCACCUAGUGCACUGUUUAAUGAGCUGGGACAUUAUGUUCUGUCUCCCAACAUCACUGGAGGGCACGCGAUGGAACAGAGCAGGAAGAUCACAGCUCCCUCACCGCCUCCACAAUCAGCUGCAUGCCUCCCUCAGCUCUUCUUGCUCCAUGAGCCGCCUGCCAGUUCACCCACCCGCCUCCAAUCUCUGAGCCGCCUGUCUGUUUCCCACCACCAGACUAAUAGUGUAUGUGCAGCCACCGCUCUCUGUCCAAUUACUGAGAAGCUUUGCUGAGUAAUAGUGUAUGUGCAGCCACCGCUCUCUGUCCAAUUACUGAGAAGCUUUGCAGACUAAUAGUGUAUGUGCAGCCACUGCUCUCUGUCCAAUUACUGAGAAGCUUUGCAGAGUAAUAGUAUAUGUGUAGCCACCGCUCUCUGUCCAAUUACUGAGAAGCUUUGCAGAGUAAUAGUGUAUGGAGAAGCUUUGCUGAGUAAUAGUAUAUGUGCAGCCACCGCUCUGUCCAACUACCAAGAACCUUUUGCAGAGUAACAGUAUAUGUGCAGCCACUGCUCUCUGUCCAAUUACCGAGAAGCUUUUGCUUGGAGGCAUUGUGGGCUAAUAGCACAUGCAUGACAAAUGCUUUCUAUGCAAUCGUGUGCUCAGUAAAAGCUAUAGUAUGUAGGCUACUAGAUUCUAGUGUUCAUGCACAGCUCAGUGGGGUCCAGUGUUUAGUAAUUGUUGUUUUAUUACAGUGGCAAUCCUUCAGUCAGUGUGUGUGGAUUCUGUAUGGAAUAGAGUCUCUCGUGCACUUGGGAAUCUUGCUCUGGACCCAAGAAACUGUGUAAUCAUACACCAAUCAGGUAAGCGAGGAUGGAGGACAUGCAUGGUUAUGGUGGGCAACAUCAAUGUCAUAAAUUACAAAAGCUGGAAUGCUUAAUGUGUGGCAGAGCUUAUCUGCUUGGGGCUGGGAUGGAAUAGUUAGUAUAAGCAUUAAUAAUCUGUCUCCAUACUGUCUAAUUCCUUACCCAACCCAUCUUCAUUUUCGUAUCCCUAUCUGACAUGGUAUGAAACCCUGUCCAACGUGACUCAUCCCUACUCUCUCUUCAUUGUCUUCCUUGAAUGUCUGAUUUACAUUAUUUUUUCCAGGUGCUGUAUCUUCAUUAAUACACAUAUUACAGAGUUCUCAAGAUGCCGGGUGUCUCCACAGCUGCCUGCGUUCCCUCCGCAUUCUUGGAGACUCCCUACCCCACCGGCUGUCCAUCAGUAAACAGGGCGGAUUGUCCCCCUGUGCCUCCUUGCUCUCCUCUACAGACCCUGCCUUGGUGUGUGGUGCUGUGCGUGCCUUGUGUGAGCUAAGUCAGGGAUGUUCACUGGAUUGUGCAGAGCAGCUGAACCUGGCUGUGCCAAAUCUUGUGCUAUUAGCUGGCAGAGAAGAUGUAAAAGCAGCAGUACGUCAGGCUGCGCUCGGUACGUUGUGCAAUCUAUGCAGUCAAGGAGCUCUGCGACCCAUGAUGGGUAAUGCUGGUCUAAUUAAGCUGCUGAUAUUGGAAGCCGGUGCUCAGCUUUCAGCUCCCACUCGCUGUCUGCACCUUGUGAAAGCAUUGUGUCUGUGUUGCCGCGAGGCAGUGAAUCGUAUCCGUGUGCGGGAGUUGGGGGGAUUAGAAUUAAUGCUGAACGUUUUGAGAGACUUGCAAUAUCGCUGCGUGCACCCUCGAAUCACUGCUGCAUUCCUGCACUUUUGCCAUGACACAGUUGCCUUAAAUUUGUUGGGUACUGGGGGUCUUCCUGGUCUGUUGGCACAGAGAUUGGAGGAGCUGACACGAACUGCUGAGGUGAUGGGAGACUUACGAGAAACAAGAGAUACAACAAAUGAAGAGGACGAGAAAGCAGCUUCUUCCUUUGAUUUCCCACCAGAGAAAGUAAACAAGAGAACUAGAGACAGUACAUCAGAGGACAGUUUAAGGUAUGGACAGAAGACGAAUGUAUUACUUGUGGGAAGGGGGUCGGCAUGUCUUCUCGGGGUAUUUUCUCACCAGUUAGUGGAUGCCUCCAAUAUAUUGGGAUUAUGAGACUUGUGUGAAUAUCCAUCUUUCAGUCUGAUGCACUGUGUGUAUGUUGAUAAGGUACGAUAACCAGCUUAGUAAGGGCCCAAACAGAUAAAAAAUAAAAUAAGAGUGGUUUGGGAUGGCACAGCGAUAUGACCUAGAGACCUACACAUUGAAUGUUGGGUGGUGUAGUACUAGGAGGGAGACUUAUUCUAGCUGUCUGUCUCUUUGCCAGGUCCUGGCUGCUGUCAGAGGGCAUUGUCUGCAAUCUGGAAGAUCUGUCACCUGAAUGGCCAUUAGACUGUGAGAGCAGAGGACCCCUCGUACCAGAUGAAUUGACUAACUCAGCAACCUCCAUCAUCCCCUCUCAUCUCCCUAGUUCUCCUACUGCAUCCAGUACAAAGUUCAGGGAGCAUAAUGUUGUACCAAUUAAUAGACUUUCAGGAGCUGAACAGAGAUCAGUACUAUCCCCUUCAUCUUCCCAUCUCUUCCCAUCUACUUCAUCACCCCAGCCAUCCCAUUCCCCAGUUCAAGAAAUUCUGGGUGCCCCAUGGCCGCUAGGACCCCGCGUGCCAAUGCCGUCUGAAUUUUGUCGUCCUGAAUUUCCCACUUUGCUGCUUCUUUCUCGCUUUUCUCAGCUCUCCGAUUCCAGCUCCUUAUUGGUGUGCCCCCAGGUCUUGGAAGGGCUCCUGACUUAUUUAACAUGCCACCCUCAUCCUUUGCCACGUGCAGCUCGGCUCCUGCAGCGUCUUACUUGUGAUCCUUCGUGUCUUGAGGCAUUUAUCCGCACUGGCAGUAUUUGCACGCUCAGGACUCGCUUACUACUCUGCGAAUCCACAAAGAGAGACAGCACAGACUGUAACAGACACUGUGAAAGCACCAAAGAACUUGGUAAUUUACAUUUAAUUAUUAUUUUUUUAAUAUAUAUAUAUAUAUAUAUAUAUAUAUAUAUAUAUAUAUAUAUAUAUAUAUAUAUAUAUAUAUAUAUAUAUAUAUUUCAUGAUUUUCCCUUCAGUUGUUUUGCUUUUUUUUUUUCUUUUUUUAAAAGAAAGACUUCAAGCACCAUAACCCUUCUUACAUGGUUUGACUAUGUACACCGGGUGGGCGCCAAGGCCCUCCUGGGACCAUAACUACUACCGUGCGCUGUAAAGCUUAUGGAGUCGGGGCACUUUUACUUCUUAGAGUAUUCGUUUAAAGGGACACUAUAGUCACCAAAACAGCUGUAGCCCAAUAAAGCAGUUUUGGUGUAUAGAUCAUACCCCUGCUGUCUCACUGCUCAGUUCUCUGCCUGGUAGGAGUCAAUCUCUUUGUUUAUGCAGCCUUUGCCACACCUCACUGCAUGUGACUUACACAACCUUCCUAAACACUUCCUGUAAAGUCAUUAUAAUGUUUACAUUCCCUUUUAUUGCAAAUUCUGUUUUAAUUUAGAAUUUCUUGUCUCCUGCUCUCCUAAUAAUUUGCAAGACCUUGCAGGAGCUUACGGUGUGUAAUUAAAGUUCAAUUUAAAGAGCAAGAGAUACAAACUUCUUAAGUAAGUUAAAAUGUAAAAAAAAAAAUUUUAUGCUGUCUGUCGGUUACAGCCACGGGAAGUGUGACAAGAGCUGCAUAAACAGAAACAAAAGUGAUUUAACUCCUGAAUAGCAGAUAAUUGAGCAGUGAGACAGCAGGGGCAUGAUCUAAACACCAAAACUGCUUCAUUAAGCUGUUAUUUUUGUGACUAUAUUGUUCUUUUAAGCCUCAUUCUGUCUGGGUUAUAUCUUUUCUAUCACCCUCUUUGAACUUCUGCUGAGCUGCUAUUUCCAAAGAUACCAGUGACUAGGCCACAUGUAUAAUAUCAAAGUGCUAAGCACAGAGCAGCUGUUUCUGCUAAUUGCUCAUUCUAUGUCCCUAACUUUCAGCACUCUCUGCUCUCUGCAGGUAACCUGCUUCUCCGAAAUCUUUGUAUUCAGGCAGAGUCACCAUUUGGGGUGGGAACCGUGACUCACCUGUUGGUGUCCGGAUCAGAAGCUGACAGGAAGCAGUGUGCCCUCUCCCUGCCAUUUAUUUACAGGUAAAUAGAAAUGUUUCUUGCCCACUAGCCCAAAUCCCUAUGCAUGUUUUUUUUUAUUAUCACUCCAAUGGCCUACCUGCCACGUUAAAACAAAACCUCUUAGGCGGGUCUAACAAUUUACCUUGCUUUCUUCAGCUAAACUAUUUCUAGCUAUCUCAUUAGAGAUUUUACAGUUUAGCUGAAAGCAGCAAGGUGAAUAGUUAGUGUAGGACCUGUCUCGGAGGUUUCGCCUUGACGUGGCAGGUGGGCUUGCAAGUAAUGGACAUUGGGGUGAUACUUAAAAACCUCCAGUUCUUUAAAUGUGCAUAUGAAUUGGGAAAGCGCAAAAUUAGCUUUUCUUUGUUUUUUUUUUUUGUUAUGUAUUUUGGGGCUGAUGUGUACUAUAGUCAUUACUGCCGCCCUGGAAUAUUGAGCGUCUGAGUGCAGGGAUACAUUUUUUUGAUUGUAAAUACAAAGGUUUAUUUUACCAUCUGCCCUGCCUCUCAUUCAUCAUCCAUGGCAGAUGUACCCCCACUUGCUUUCCACGCAUGUUGCCUCCCCUAUUCAGACAUAGCCACACCUCCAAUGAAUGUGUCUCUCACAGCCUCCAUGAAAAAAUGGUUUCGUUUUUAAUCAGCUCUUACAGCGCAGUGUGUUUUCUAUAGCAAUUAUUAUUUCCUGCUAUAGAACCAUAGAAUAGGACUGCAGAUAAGAACCGUCUGCCCCAAUUUCUAAAUACUCUCUUUAGGUCCCUGGCCUUAUCUUAUAGCUUGGAAAGCCUGAUUGAACUUAAAUCACACACAGGAGGCAGGCUACUGUGAAAUAUUAACAGAGCAGGGGAUAAUGCCUUUUAAAUUAAACACACAGAAGCUAUUUUUUGGGAAAUGUGUGAGUCUCAACCAGAGUAGGUCUAGAUUGGGCUGCAUUACAAAAAGUGAUGUGAUGAAAGUAAAAUGUGCUGUGGUGCUUCGAGUGUGCCUUUACUAUGAGUUUUUGUGUUCUAAUAUAGUGUGUGUGUGUGUGUGUGUGUGUGUAAUUUAUCCUCAUGGUGUUUUUUUUUUUUUUUUUUUAUUAUAUCUCUUGACUUACAUUACUUUUCUCACCCACAUGUCUGACAGCCAUCUUCAUGCACUUUUGGUCAGACUGUCCGUUAUCUGAGCCAGUGCGCAAUGUCAGCUGACAGAAAAUGCUGCGGGCAGAUUGAGCACAUUUUGAAAAUCAGUUGCAAAAUGUUGAGCGUUCAGUCAGUCAACUGACAAUCUGUCCAAAAUAUUGCUUUUAGAAAGAUAGAAAAGGUAGGCAGGGAUUUAGAAAAUUAAAAAAAAAAAAAAAUGAGGGUGGUAUAUAAUAACAUAUAGUACCCUUAUUGUAGGUGGGCUUGCCAUACAGGCUGUAUAUUGUACCCUUAUUGUGGGUGGGCUUGCCAUCCAGGCUGCAUUUUGUACCCUUUAAACCAGUGGUAGUCAACCUUUUUCUACCUACUGCCCACUAAUGCAUCUUUCUUGAUGGAAAAAUUUCCUUACCGCCCACCAGUUUUUCGCGCAAGUGCAGAUUUUUUUUAGAAAGGAGGGUGUUCUUUUUAUUUCUACUUUAUGCAUGUUUAUAAUGAUUUUAACUUUUGAAGUUUAAUGAGAAAACAAAGUAAAUUGAAAUUACCUUUACUAGUGAUUAAUGAGAUCCUUGAGGUUGAUGCUGCAAGACUAAAUAUUUGAUAUCUGGUUCGAUUUUUCGUAGGGAACAAACAAAGGUCUCCUCUUUCGGUGAUAUUCAGCCGAUUUCUCUGUUUGCUCAUAAUAUGAUUUCUCAUCUGUGCGUCAGCUCCCCUCCUCUCCCACCUCAAUUCACCUCCCCACCUUUUUUUUUCCCCACCUUUUUUCUAUUUUUUUAACCUCCCUUAUAGCAAUGCCCAGUAGGAAGGCUGAGCUAGGUAGUCCCCUUACUAUUAUUAGCCAACAACUUUUCCUUCUUUCUCUUUUUUUACAAGUACUCUGCUCCUUCUUUCUCCUAUUCUACAAGAACUCUGCUCACAGACAAACCCACACUCACACAAACACACACUCACACAGACAAAGACACACAAAUUAUUAUUAAAUUUCCACCCAAGCUCCCUACCUGGAGAGCUGGUGUGGAUCUGUCCCUGGGGUCCAGUGGGGCUUCACUUUGGCAUGUGGCAGAGUUCUAAUCCUAGGCGGCGAGGGAGCUCUAACCUCUCUGCUCCCUCACGGGCUGUCUACUGAUGCCAGGAGCUGGAAUAUGACAUCAUAUUCCGUCUCCCGCGGCAUCAGCAAACAUCGCGUGAGGGAGCAGAGAGGUUAGAGCUCCCUCGCUGCCUCGGAUUAGAACUCUGCCGCGCUGGGGGGUCCAGAAGGUGGCCUGGCAGGAGGGAGCGCUUCCCUCCUGCCGGUCACUGAAAUCUUGCGCACCCCCAAGCCGCUUGCGCCCGCCCGCCCACUAUGAAAAGGAGAAAUCCUCUCAAAAAUAGGAUUUAGCCUCCGAAAUCCCUACCGCCCACUUGGAAUCCUGAAACGCCCACUAGUGGGCGAUAUGAACCAGGUUGCUGACCCAUGCUUUAAACGAUUGACUGGAAGCCUUCAUCAGGCUCUGUGUUGUACACACUAAUUGAGAAGUAUUGUCACUGCUUUUAUCGCCAAGUGUCCCGGCACUAAACACUCAUUCUGUUUCUUCCCACUUUAGGAAGAACUCUUCACAACGCAACCUUCUACUUGAUGGAGCUCUCCACCUUGUGUUGGAACCUUUGAUUUGUAUGGAUCCGGUAUAUUUUUUUAAUGUUUCGGAAUGUCUUUCUUCCCUUUUAGACCCCCAAAAAGUACCUGCAACUUGCAAACCACUUGUAUUGGUUCCUUCCCGUUGCUGCUACAGAGAUCUCAUGUCCAGUGGAGCUGCUGAUGUGAUAUUUGUGCUAGAUGGGGGUGAGCGUGUAGAAGGGAACCGGAAAGAGGUGACUGGGGGAUGUGAGGUAUUUAAGGCCAUGUUAGAAGGCUGCUAUGCAGAAUCUAGGCAGAGAGAGAUACUUGUCCAGAAGAUGCCUCCUUGCGCCUUCACUCCACUUCUCCACUAUCUUCACGGUUGUACAAUAGAGUCUAGGUGUCCUACACUGUAUGAGCUUCCACUGCCCACCCCUGACCAGGAACUUUCUCACUCUCCACUCGGAUUGACUUUAGCUGCUGCAGGACAAUUCCUACUUCCUGGUCUCCAGAGAGAGCUGGAGGUUUCUGUAAUGGACAGGUUGCUCAGUUUAGAGAAUUUGCCCUCUGUGUACAGCUUUGCAGAGAUGCAUGGAACCUCGGAACUCAGAAGGGACUGCUGUCUAUUUCUACUAAAAAUGCAUCACCCGCCCCAAAAGCGGGCAUUUUCUCUCUUCCAACUAUACCAAAGAGCGCAUGACAAGCAAAGACUUUCUCUUAUUAUUGAAAAUAUUGUGCAAGAGAAAGAUUGAGUUAUUUACAAAUAUCCAAGUGACCGCAAAUCUGCUUCUCCCAAACUGGUGUAUGGUAAUCCUUCUCCUCUAGGCCUACUCACCAACCUAUUUCACUGUACAAAAUCUUACCCACCACCUAGUCCUCUGCUUCCUCGCCCACUGGCACGUACCCAACACCUAAUCCUCUGCUUCCUCGCCCACUGGCACGUACCCACCACCUUAUCCUCUGCUUCCUCGCCAACUGCCACGUACCUUAUCCUGACCUUAUUCUCUGCUUCCUCGCUCACUGGCACGUACCCACCACCUUAUCCUCUGCUUCUUUGCGCACCGCUACGUACCCACCACCUUAUUCUUUACUUCCUCGCCCACUGGCACAUAUAUAUCUAUUUGUGUGUUUGCCGGGUGUAUUUAUGUCUGUGUCUGAGAGUGUGUGACUUGAGCACGUAGCCAAGUGGUUUUGCAAGGAGCCCUUCUUUUCUGAUGGUAGACUUGACUGUUCUAAUUCCUAACCAGUAUUUACUACCUGAUACUUUGCUUCCACAGUCGCCCGAAUGUUUCCUGAUACUUUCUCAUCCAUUCUCCUGCCUGGCACCAAUACCCAUUACCUGAUCCUGUGCUUCCUCACCCACCUGCCUGGUAGGAAUACCAGCUAUCUGAUCCUGUGCUUUCUCACCCGCCUGCUACAGCUACCAACUACCUGAAUCUGUGCUUACUCACCCUCCUGGUUCCUAUACCUGCUAUCUGAUCCUGUGCUUCUUCAUCCGACCACGGGGUACUGAUACCACCGAUCUGGUCCUGUGCUUCCUCACCAACCCGGUACAGAUACCAACUACCUGACCCUGUGCUUCCUCACCCGACUGGUCCCGAUACCAGCUACCUCGCACAUGCAUCUCCCCAAACACAGCUGUAGCACUCUCUCUUAAUUCUCUAUCGUUUCUAUCCUAAGAAGUCCUUGUUUCAAUGUAACCCAUAUUGGGCAUAAAUUACGUUUUCUGUUUAAAUAUGCAUUGUAACUCUGUCUAUGUCAGGGAUGUUAACUGAAACCUAAAAUUUGAAAUGAUUAAAAACAGAACAUGUUAAAAAUGAGGAUUUAAAAAAAAAUAAAAAAUGUAGAAGAUAUUCAUGGCUAGCAAUGAUCAGGGAGAAGUGAAUAUAGUCACUUAGAUCCACUUGCUGCCCAGUAACCGUUUUAGACUAAAUUCUACAUAUCAGUUAUCAGUUGCUUAGCUGAAAAUUGCACUAUUGAAUUAAACACCGAAAGCACCUGCAGCAUGUGUUACCCUUUUCUUUCCACAAGAUAACUGUUUUUUGUUUUGUUUUUUGAUUUUUAUUUUACAUAAAAAAAAAAUCUAGCAAAUGGAAUUAUAACCCAGCUUUGAAGAGAAGAAACAAAAACACAGUUUAAUUGACCAUCUCCUAUUCUCUGUAAGGUUCCAGCAUGCUGACUGC